GGGGGGGGGGGGGGGGGGGGUUUCGGCCGCAGCUCCCGGUUGCUUUGCUGCUGCUCCUCUCGCUUGGGGAGCGCCGAGGCUGGCGGCGGACCCCGGCGCGCAGAGCCCGGCUGAUUGGAAGAGAAACGCAGCGCCAUGGAGGCGGGGGAAGCGCGAGCUCUCUGCGGGGACUGGAGCGCGUCCACGCCCGGGGCCAGCCGCGCUGCAGAGCUGGCCGCCGUUCAACCGCGCCGCUCCCCGCCCCGGCCCCGCCGAGCCCCGCCGAGCCCCGGCCCCGCCGCGGCCCCAGCCCCCGCAGAGCCGAGCGGCACUGAGCGAGGGUAGCGCGCCAGGCACCGGCGGGGACCGCGCUGGCCUCAGGCAGGUGGAGGAUGAACGGCGAAGCUGAGUGCCCUGCAGACUUGGAAAUGACAGCUCCCAAAAACCAAGACCGCUGGUCUCAGGAGGACAUGCUGACCCUGCUGGAGUGCAUGAAGAACAACCUGCCCUCCAACGACGGGAGCAAGUUCAAGACCACCGAGUCCCACCUCGACUGGGAGAAGGUGGCUUUCAAGGACUUCUCGGGGGAGAUGUGCAAGAUGAAGUGGAUGGAGAUUUCCAACGAGGUGAGGAAGUUCCGGACCCUAACAGAGCUCAUCAUGGAUGCCGAGGAGCACGUGAAGAAUCCUUACAAGGGCAAAAAGCUCAAGAAACACCCCGACUUCCCCAAGAAGCCCCUGACCCCCUACUUCCGCUUCUUCAUGGAGAAGCGGGCCAAAUACGCCAAGCUUCACCCCGAAAUGAGCAACCUGGAUCUCACCAAGAUCCUCUCCAAGAAAUACAAGGAGCUUCCCGAGAAGAAAAAGAUGAAAUACAUCCAGGACUUCCAGCGGGAGAAGCAGGAGUUUGAGAGGAACCUGGCGAGGUUCAGGGAAGACCACCCGGACCUCAUCCAGAACGCCAAGAAAUCCGACGUCCCCGAGAAGCCCAAGACCCCCCAGCAGCUGUGGUACAACCACGAGAAGAAGAUCUACCUGAAAGUGCGCCCAGAUGUGAGUACGGCCACCACGAAGGAGGUGAAAGAGUCGCUGGGCAAGCAGUGGUCUCAACUCUCGGAUAAAAAGAGGCUGAAAUGGAUUCAUAAGGCCCUGGAACAGCGGAAGGAGUACGAGGAGAUCAUGCGCGACUACAUCCAGAAGCACCCCGAGCUGAACCUCAGCGAGGAGGGCAUCACCCGCUCCACGCUCACCAAGGCAGAGCGCCAGCUCAAGGACAGGUUCGACGGACGACCCACCAAGCCUCCUCCGAACAGCUACUCGCUGUACUGCGCAGAGCUGAUGGCCAACAUGAAGGACGUGCCCAGCACCGAGCGGAUGGUGCUGUGCAGCCAGCAGUGGAAGCUGCUCUCCCAGAAGGAGAAGGACGCCUACCACAAAAAGUGCGACCAGAAAAAGAAAGACUACGAGAUCGAGCUGCUCCGCUUCCUGGAGAGCCUGCCCGAGGAGGAGCAGCAGCGGGUGCUGGGCGAGGAGAAGAUGCUGGGCAGCAACCGGAAAGGUGCCACGAGUCCCGCGUCCAAAAAGUCCUCGCCGGAGACUGGCAAGGCCAGCUCGGAGAAGCCCAAGCGGCCCAUCUCGGCCAUGUUCAUCUUCUCGGAGGAGAAGAGGAAGCAGCUGCAGGAGGAGCGGCCGGAGCUGUCGGAGAGCGAGCUGACCCGGCUCCUGGCCCGCAUGUGGAACGACCUCUCCGAGAAGAAGAAGGCCAAGUACAAGGCGCGGGAGGCGGCGAUGAAGGCGCAGUCGGAGAAGAAGCACGGCUCGGACAAAGAGGAGCGCGGCAAGCUGCCCGAGUCCCCCAAGACAGCCGAGGAGAUCUGGCAGCAGAGCGUCAUCGGGGACUACCUGGCUCGUUUCAAGAACGACCGGGGGAAGGCGCUGAAGGCGAUGGAGGCCACCUGGAACAACAUGGAGAAGAAGGAGAAGCUGAUGUGGAUCAAGAAGGCGGCGGAGGACCAGAAGCGAUACGAGAGGGAGCUGAGCGAGAUGCGCGCCCCCCCGUGCUCCACCAACUCCGCCAAGAAAAUGAAGUUCCAGGGAGAGCCCAAGAAGCCCCCCAUGAACGGUUACCAGAAGUUCUCCCAGGAGCUGCUGUCCAACGGGGAGCUGAACCACCUGCCGCUGAAGGAGCGCAUGGUGGAGAUCGGCAGCCGCUGGCAGCGCAUCUCGCAGGGCCAGAAGGAGCACUACAAGAAGCUGGCGGAGGAGCAGCAGAAGCAGUACAAGGUGCACCUCGACAUCUGGCUCAAGAGCCUCUCGCCCCAGGAGCGGGCUGCCUACAAGGAGCACAUCUCCAACAAACGCAAGAGCAUAGGGAAGAUCCGAGGCCCCAACCCCAAGAUGAAGCCCACGAUGCAGUCCAAGUCGGAGUCAGAGGACGACGACGACGAUGAAGAGGAGGAGGAAGAUGAUGAUGAAGAUGAAGACGACGACGACGACAACGGGGACUCGUCGGAGGAAGGCGGCGACUCCUCGGAGUCCAGCAGCGAGGAGGAGAGCGAGGACGGGGACGAGUGGGGAUGCCGAGUAAGUCACCAGAGUCAGAGCUUUACGCCGGGGCAGCCGAAAUCAGAGCGUGCUGGAUGGCGCUGGGGCCAGAAACCGUGUCCGUGCCUUGUGCUCGCCCCCCCACAGAACGACGAGGACGAUGAGGAUGAGGACGAUGAAGACGAGGACGACAACGACUCGGAGGGCAGCAGCUCCUCCUCCUCCUCCUCGGGGGACUCCUCCGACUCCGACUCCAACUGAGCUCCCCGUAACGCCCGCCGUUUCCUCGGUUUCGGCCCCGUUUUUUCCUGCCCCCCCCCCCCCCCGUCACCCCCCCUCCAUCGUCCUCCUCUUCCUCCUGCCCCCCAGGAGCCGGAGGGACCCCCCCAAGCUCACACUAUGGGGAGGGGGAGAGGAGGGGGCGAGCCCCCUGUGCCCCCCCCCAUGAAUCCCUCCUCACUGAGGGGGGGGGACGCCAUUUUUUUUUUUAUGACGUUAUUAUUAUUUUGUUUUUAUUUUUUCCCGGUCGUUAUUUUCGGAGGUUCGCCCCCAUUUCCUCGCCCACGCCCUCGCUGCCAGCUCCGGACUUCAUAGAAAGAAAACGAGAAAAAAAAACCGCAGGAAAAAAAAACCCACACAAAAUCCCCUUCCCCAUUUUUUUUUUUAAGAAAACGACAAAAAAAUCAACGAACAGGAAAAAAAAAAAAAACUUAACACCCCCCCCCCACCCAAAAACCCAGCCCCCUCCUGGUCGGGGCGCGGGGCACGAGCCGAGCUGCUCAGGACUCAGCCGUGGGGAUGAUGCCCCCCCCCGUAAGCCCCCCCCAGCCCCAAUUUCCCUUUACACCCCCCCCUGAAUUUUGGGGGCCCCCCCACCUUGUACAGAAGCUGCACCGAGAUCUCCGCACCCACGGCACCGAGCGCCGCCGCCGGGGACUUUUUUGGGGGGGGGAGGGGAGGGGGGUUGAAGCGCGGGCUGGGGGGGGGUGGGGGGAGCGAUUUGGGGGAACUGGGGGAGGUUUGGGGGGGGGGGGAGCUGCCCCCGGGGGUCCCGGCUGCGCAGUGACCAAUGUGGGGGGGGCGGGGGUGCCGUGUUGUCGGUGGGUGUUGUGCCGUUGUAUUUUAUUUUAUUUUAUUUUUUUCCUUUUUAUAAAACGAGAAAAAUCCA